GCAAGAAGUCUUAUUCCAAUUAAAGUCAUAUAUCCAUCACCGCAACCGAGCGAGGCAUCACGACAAAGACGAAGACAAUAUAGUCGGAAAUGCUGAUGAAGAUGGGGCCUUGUGGUGGGGACGGAGGCAGUCAAAAGGACAUGGACAUAAGGGGGGUGACACGCAUAGCGAAGGUAAUGGUCCGCAGCGGGCACACCAUCGACGCCGUGUCGAUCUUAUACGAGCGCAAUGGUAACCUUGAGUGGAGUUCCCAGUGGGGGGGCCGCGGCGGCAGCAUCAAUGAGAUUAAUCUCGCACGGAAUGAAUAUCUUACUUCUGUCGUGGGACACUAUGGUUACUACAAGAAAGAUUUCGUGAUAAGAUCACUUACUUUUUUUAGCAACCUCCACACUUACGGACCCUACGGUCGUCAAGAAGGGAUCGCCUUCGCUCUUCCGUCAGCAAGGGGUAAAAUUGUCGGUUUUCAUGCAAGAUCUGGUCUAUUUCUUGAUGCAAUUGGCACUUAUGUCAAGAUUGACUAGUCCAUCGUCGACAAACGCAAAUCUAUGUACCAUUUAGUGACUUGUUUUGCUACAAAUAAGAGUGCUUUAAACUUCAUGGUGUGUAGUACUCAAUGUUUUCUGCUUGUGCUUGCUUCUAUUUAAAAAUAAUAUUGAUGACCAAAUCAAAACCCUUUUCUCAUUUGGUCGGGUGGUAAUUAAGUAAAUGUUUGUUAGCAGCUAUUAACUAUUGGCUCUUUACUAUAAAAGUGAAGGUGCCUGUUUGGUUAUCGAUGUAUCGUGAUCAUGUCUUGAAAGUUUAUAUUUGUUGGACA